AUGGAAAACUUCCAACCUCACAGGAGGGCCGACUCACAAAGGCCCUUUACACAAACUGGGCACAAUUCUGGCUUUGAAUUCAGCAACGCACAGCAAGUCUUGAAGCCGCCCCUGACAGUCAGCCUGACCCACGACGCAAAACCCAUGGGCCGUGGCCCGCUGGUAGAAGCUCGUGAAGAAACGGAAGAAACAACACAGGCGCCGGAGACCAGAUCCUACAGCGAACCACUAUCCUUUGGGGCCAAGACCCAGCCAGGGAAAGUUCCCCACACACCUCUCACACCCUCGGAUGGUCAGUAUAUCGGCAGGAGCAGAAGACCCCAACCCCACAUUAUCGGGGGAGCAGACACAUAA